AUGGGUUUUCCUCAGCAGGUCCAGUGCAGCAGCUUAUGUCUGACACUCCUAUCAUCAGAGGAGUAUGGAUCAGUGGCUUCAACACCAGACUCGACCCCACCAUGCACCGAUGGUGGGAAUGAAGAGUCUGAACUGUGCGAGUUGCAGACUGCCCGGGAAUGGUCAGAGGAUGACGAGGGGGCAGACGGAGAUGAUGCAGAUGGGUUGGCCUCUUCUCCAUCUCUGUGGGGCACCCCUCGCCAACACUCGUAUGAGCUAACAUUCUCCUACAUUGCCAUCGCUGAGCCCGAGGCGGUGGGAGUGUCACGACACCUAAGAGAGCGGCGCAGAGGCGGCUCCAGGAGCAGCCGCACCACUCUGUUUCGCACCGACACACUGGAAACACUGUUGGACUCUCCUGAUGUGGAGUGGGACUCUCAGGCAUUCCUUACACAGGAGGGGCAAGAGGCAGCAGCAGCAACAGCAGCAACAGCAGCAGUAGAGACAUGUCUAGAAACAUCCCACGCAGAAUGGACAAACUUCGAAAGAGAAAAUUAUGGACUAUCAGAACAAAGUACAAGUCAACUCUAUCAGUACCAUGAAACUCAGGAGGAAGACGCAGGGUUUCAAAGGAACGAGACUUUCACUAUCCACACCUCCACCCCCUCACAUCACCCCUCACACACUCUACAGUCAGCAACAUCGUCAUCAUCCCCGGAGACCGUGUCCCCAGUCUCCAGGGAAACCCUUUCAGUGAAGCGGCUCACAUCUGUGCAGCUUCCAGCUGUUGCUGCAACGGGACUUAAAUCUCAGGAUCAGCUGGUCAGCGAGCACUGGUUCUCAGCACUGGACUUAGCUGAGGCUGAUGUGGCCUGGACUCUCAGAGCAGCGAGCAGGGCACAGCCAAAAACAGCUCAGAAGGACCAGUGGAGCUCAGACAGUGGGACAGACAGUGACAGCAGGCAUAAAGGGAACACUGGAGCAGCACUCAAAAUGGCCAGUAAAGCAAUGGACCUGAUCUACUGGAAGGACACUGAGCGCUCGGGCAUGGUGCUGACGGGGCUGGUGGUGGGCCUGCUGUCACUGUUUCAGCUCAGCAUCAUCUCGGUGUUGGCCACUGUCUCCCUUGCCGUCAUGUGCUUCACCAUCUCUGUGAGACUCUACUACCAAGUCCUCUACAUCCUCAACUGGGGAGACGGGGUGCACCCCUUUAAGACAUACCUGGAUCUGGACAUCAGCUUGAGUGGCGAGCUGGCAGAUAAAUUGAUGCAAAAAGCUAUUGUAACUACUGUGUCAGUUGUGGAUGCUCUGAAGAGACUUUUUUUUGUGGGAAAUCUUUUUAAUUCCCUCAAGUUCCUGUUUCUGCUCUACCUUGUGACAUUUGUGGGAAAAUUGUUCAACGGCCUUACGCUGCUCAUCAUAAGUAUCAUUGCCCUGUUUUCCUUGCCUUUGUUGUAUCAAAGACACCAGGAGCAGGCCGACAAGAUCAUUGCUAAAGUUCAGGGUCAUUAUGACAACAUUUCAGAGAUUCUGCUGCGACUCGCCCAUGGGGGCUCUCCACCCCCUGAUCCAACAGCAGAUGGCGCUAAACCUAAAACCCAGUAA